CUUCUUCGGCGGCUAGACACUCUACACGUGUCGCCGCACGCGUCGUCUCCUGCGACCAAGAGCCCCCCGCCCCGGCCAGCCCCCAACACAACCUUCGCGAUCGAUCCUCCUGCCCUGCCAUGCCCCCCAUCAUUCCAUUAAUUCUCUCCCUUCUAGAAUCUCUACGAUAUCGCCGGUGCAAAUCAAGGAUGUGCGGCGUGAAGGGCAGCAAGGGCGGCGUCGCCUCGUCGCCGGCGACCGCCGUCAUCGUCUCCGUCUCGCUGCUGCUGGUCGCGGCCUCGGUGCUCGCGCUCUUCCUCUCGCCGCUGGCGCCGCCGGCGGCCGACGGGAAAGCAGGGGCGCCGCCUGAGCCGGUGGAGCUCGCCAUGGCCGGCGCCGGACACGAGGGAGGCCACGGCUGGCUGGACCUGGGCGCGCUCCGGGCGUGGGCCAAGCUGGCCUUCCUCAGGCUCCGCCCGCUCGAGCCACGGGGCGAGCUGAGGAGCCCGGGGGAGUCGGUGGUGACGAAGGCGGCCAAGAAGAGCCUGGAGAUGGGGAAGGAGACGGUGGAGCACACGGCGGAGUCGGCGGCGGACGCGCUCAGGAGGACGGUCUCCUCCUCGCACGGCGACCUGUAGAUAUAUCGGUCGGUGUCGACAAUUUUUGCUCUUCUUCUUUUUCUCACCUGUAUCUGUCGUAGGUCGGCUGUAGUGUCAGGAAAAAAAAAAGUGUCCCGUAAAGAUGCUUAGGUGUAUUCUGUUUUCUGUACUCAUUGUGAAAUAGUACUCCUAGUAUGAGAUAAAGUGUGUAUUCGUUUGUCCUAGCACCAACUGCGUUCGAAGCUGCAACGACAGCAAACUGAAGCCAUGUACACGAAAAUGGCAACUGUGUAUGCAAGAACUUCAGAGA